GGCCUUUGUCGUUGUGACCACAACAUUGGUGCGCUAGCGUUAUCAGCUGUAUUAUCACUCACUGGUACUGUUGGUUCGCGGUGGUCCUGGUGAAAACGGUUCGUGCGAAAAAUGGCCUGUUCAAAAGCGCUACAACGCGGCUCAGCUGUGCUUUUACGAAAUCUGCUGGCAGUUCAAAGCCCUGCAAUAUCGCGGGCUAGCUCAUGGUGGAGCGCGGUACAGAUGGGCCCACCGGACGUGAUCCUGGGUGUUACGGAGGCCUACAAACGGGAUACCAACCCGAAAAAGAUCAACCUCGGUGUGGGAGCGUAUCGUGACGACAAUGGCAAGCCGUUCGUGCUGCCGAGUGUCCGCAAGGCGGAGCAGCGUCUGGCAGAGAAACAGCUCGACCACGAGUAUUCUCCGAUCGGCGGUACGGCCGACUUCUGUAAACACAGUAUUCUGUUGGCGCUGGGCGAGGACAGUGAACACGUCGCAAACGGUUUGAACUCCACCGUGCAGGCCAUCAGUGGAACCGGAGCGUUGCGCAUCGGCGGUGCCUUCUUGGCCGGUUUCUUUCCGGGCCCGAAAGAUAUCUAUCUGCCGACACCCUCGUGGGGCAACCAUGGGCCGAUCUUUCGACACUCGGGAUUGAACGUGAAAUCGUACCGCUACUAUGAUCCGGCGACCUGUGGAUUUGACUUUAACGGCGCACUGGAGGAUCUGUCGAAAAUUCCGGAGCGAUCGGUCGUGCUACUACAUGCUUGUGCCCACAACCCGACCGGUGUCGAUCCGAAACCGGAACAGUGGGCAGAAAUGUCUGCCGUGAUCCGGCAGCGCAAUCUGUACCCGUUCUUCGACAUGGCUUACCAGGGCUUUGCCAGUGGUGACGUUGCCAAGGAUGCCUUUGCCGUGCGUGCCUUCCUACGGGACGGCCAUCAGAUCGCUCUGGCCCAAAGCUUCGCCAAAAACAUGGGCCUUUACGGUGAACGUGCCGGAGCGUUCUCGCUCGUGACGGGCAGCAAGGAUGAAGCCGAUCGUACCAUGUCACAGAUCAAGAUCCUCAUUCGUCCGAUGUACUCCAAUCCACCGAUUCAUGGCGCGCGGUUAGUGGCCGAGAUUCUUGGUGAUGCCGCGCUCCGCAAGGAAUGGCUCGGCGACGUAAAGCUAAUGGCCGACCGAAUCAUUUCUGUACGCUCGACGUUGCGCAAUAACCUCAAGGAUCUUGGAUCGUCGCGCAACUGGGCCCAUAUAACCGACCAAAUCGGCAUGUUCUGCUUUACGGGCAUGAACCAACAGCAGUGUGAGCGGUUGACGAAAGAGUUCAGCGUCUACCUCACGAAGGAUGGUCGCAUAUCGAUGGCGGGCGUUACUACGAAGAACGUUGGAUAUCUGGCCGAGGCUAUCCAUGCUGUAUCGAAGUAAAAAUGAAACCAUUGUCCCACACCGAGUAACGAGUUAUUCGAGGAUACGACUAGAAGUAGCAUUUAAAAUGCAUUUUCAAUCACACACAUACCCAACUAACUGCUGCAAUCGUAAGCGCUUUGAGAUGCCAGCGAACAACUCACAGAAACAAUGCAACAAAUCAAGUAAAUCAGCUGCAUUUCACGAGAAGCAUUUUUGGAAUAUUGUUUUGGCAUAUUGACUGAACUGGUUGAUGGCGAUGCGCCUUUACCGAAGCUUUACCAUUUACACGAUCGUAUCGAAAGCUGAGCUCCGAGCUAACGUCAAUGAAAUUGAUAGACCCUUACGAGGUUUGGUUUAGGAUUUUUGUACGUGGAGAUUAUUACCCGGUGUUUAUGAUUUAUUGUUUAGUUCAAAUCACAAAAUAGUGUCACAUUUAUAGAUAACUGUUAUCAAAGCUGAAUAAAUGACUGGAAGCAAAGGUGCUCAGUACAACUGCCUUCAUUGGGAGUCGCAUAUUAA